GGAGAAGAUAGUCCAAUGAAAGUGUCUGAGCUGGGACACAAAACAACAACGACAUGGCAAACUGUUCGGGCCCGUGGGCACCAUGGGUGACAGUUAAUCAUGAGUGCAUUGGCCCGAGGUCUUACCAGGUGUCCCCAUUCACAUCCGUCCAAGAUGUCAAACAGAUGCUGUACGAGGAGACGAACCUGCCAGUCAAAGAGCAGCGACUGCUUCACAACGGGAGGAUGCUGGAUGACAGAGUACAAAUUGGCAGCUUGAUCCCUGCAGGAAGCCCAGAAGUAUCUAUGACCCUGGAGGGAAGGGGCCUUAAAGGAGGAGGGAGAUUCGGACAGACUACACCUCCACUGGUGGAGUUUUUGAAAGACAUUCUCAGAAGAUACCCAGAAGGGGGGCAGAUUUUGAAGGAGCUGAUUCAAAAUGCAGAGGAUGCUGGAGCCACAGAAGUGAAGUUCUUAUACAAUGAGACAGAGUACGGAGUGGAGUCACUGUGGUCACCAGACAUGGCUCAGCAUCAAGGGACAGCGCUGUAUGUCUACAAUGAUGCUGUGUUCACUGCGGAGGACUGGAACGGGAUUCAGGAGAUCGCAAGGAGCAGAAAGAGAGAUGACCCGCUGAAAGUUGGACGAUUUGGUAUCGGCUUCAAUUCUGUGUAUCAUAUAACUGAUGUUCCCAGUAUAUUCAGUGGAGACCAGAUUGCCAUGCUGGACCCCCAUCAGACCCUUUUUGGGGUGAAUGAGUCUGGGCAGUGUUGGAACUUGAAGACAGAAGUGAAGGAGAUCACAGCGCUGAGUGAUCAGUUCGCACCUUACACUGGGAUAUUUGGGAUUUCUGAAAAAACCAUCUGGGAUGGCAGCUUUCCAGGAACUCUUUUCCGCUUCCCUCUUCGUGUAAAACCUUCCCAGCUCAGUGGGAACAUUUACAACAAAGAAAAGGUGUUGGAGCUGUUUGAAUCUUUCAAAGCUGAUGCAGACACAGUGCUCCUCUUCCUGAAGAGUGUCCAGAAGAUCUCAUUGCAUGUGCGAGAGUGUGAUGGUACAGAACGAGUGUUGUUUGAGGUUACAGCGAAAGAGAAUCCUGAUGAUGAACUAGAAAAGCCAAAUGCACUGAAGACACUGUGUCAAGCGGUGGACAACUACAGCAAUGGGGUUCACAGCUCCAUCAUCACAUGUGUCACCUACCAACUUCACAUAGAGACUCAAGAUGAAACAUCUAAAGAGACUCAGAGGACCACAUGGCUGGUUUGUAAUGGAGUUGGGGGCAGAGGGAUGUGUGCUGAGCUGGACUCUCUGGCAGAUGAUUUGAAGUUCAUGCCAACAAUUGGCAUUGCCUUGCCUCUAACUGUCAUAAACAAGGAGGACAGAGGUGCCACAUCUGGUUUCUCAGGACGAGCUUUCUGCUUUCUUCCUCUUCCACCAGGCGAGGAGAGUGAGACAGGGCUUCCGGUUCAUGUCAGCGGCUUCUUCGGCCUCACGGACAACCGCAGGAGCAUCAAGUGGCGAGAAGUGGACCAGUGGAGGGAUCCAGCUGCCUUGUGGAAUGAGCUGCUAAUAAUAACUGUCAUCCCUAAGGCUUAUUUCACUCUCAUAGUGGAGGCUAUAAAGAGGAUCCAAAUAAAAAAGGACCAAGACUUUCCUUUAUCCCCAACAGGGACAUAUAGGGCAUGGCCAGACCCUAAACAGGUCAAGCCCCGUUGGACGCCCAUUCUCCGGCCGCUCUUUCAGGAACUGCUGCAGCAGCAAGUCAUCUAUUCCCUCAGUGAGAGCUGGAUCGGAGUGGACCAGGCUGCCUUCUCAGAGCUGGACACAGACGAUGAUAUCUCAGAGACAGUGAUUAACUACCUCCAAAGCUCAGGGACGCAGGUAGCAAGGGUCCCGGCUGCAGUGGACUUUGUCUUGGCUUGCUACAUGACCGAUACUACUGAGGUGAAGAAGGUUACUCCAUCUUUACUGCGGCAGACCAUCAGGAAGUGCAAACACAAAGGUCCCUCACAGGAGAAGCUGCUGUUGCUGGAGUUUGCUCUCAGUGAUGCCAAUUACAGUGAUCUUAUAGGACUCGAGCUUCUGCCACUCCAGGAUGAGACAUUUACAUCAUUUUCAUCUUCUGUCAAUGAAAAAGACGCCAUUUACAUUGCAUCUGAAGUGUUCCCGAGGUCUCUCUAUCCAGGACUUGAGCAUCGAUUCUUGCUGGAAACUGUGAAGCCUGCAGUGAUGAACAGUUUAAAGAAAGCUACCAAAAGCAGAGGAAGGCCCUGUACUCAGCUACAAGUGUUGAACCCAGAACGAUCAGCUCGACUCAUCAAGGACAUCCUCUCCACAGCCUGGCCAACAAGAGACUUCAGUGUAGAGUGGGAACCUGGAAACAAAGAGCUAAAACAUCCCUCAGUUUCUUGGUUAAAAAUGGUUUGGAAGCAUCUCUAUAUCAAUUUUGCUGAUGAGUUAAACACUUUUGAAGACAUGCCUUUGAUCCCUCUUGUGCCCCUUGAGGAAAGCAUGAGCACAGCAAGGCUUCUUCGUCUCAAAACCCCCUCACCCAUAAUUCACAUGGAUGAUAAAGAGGCACCGGUAUCUGAAAGCCUCCUAGAGAUCCUGGAAAAACUUGGAGGUGUUGUCAUAAAAAAGCUGGACUCGUGUUUGCAGCACCCUCAGCUUAAGUGCUACAUCCACCCUUGCUCUCCUAGUAUGUUUUUGCAAAUCCUGAAAAGACUACCAACACAGCGGUUGUCUAGCCAAGUCUUGUCUUUCUCAGUGGAAGAGAAAACUGUACUCAGAAAAUAUCUUGCAGGACUGUCCGACAUCACGGAGAAGGAAAAACAUACAUUACUUGAUCUACCCAUCUUUGAAAAAGUUGGGGGCUGUGUCGAGGGUAUCUUAGCAUUUACAUCAAUUAGAGGUUCAAAAGCAUUACAUCACAGAGCAAAGUAUCCACCAGAUGUGAAACUGUCAGAAAAUCUUGUGGCUUGCCAUGAUGAGGAAUCGAUACGUCUCAUCAAGAUGCUUAACGUAGAACAAGUUAAAACAACAGAUUGUCUGAAGAUGAUUAUUCAGGACAUCGACAAAGGGUUCUACUCAAAAGAUGAAACAACCCAGAUCAUGCUCUGGGCUCUUAAACAUCUGGGAUUUUUGAAGAACGAAAACUCAUCUGUGAUUGGAUGGCUGUCUGCUCUUAAAUUCAUCGAGUUGCCCUGUGGAAGGUCUGUAAAAGCCUCAGAUCUUUUUGACCCUGAACUAGAGAUUUUACAGCAUCUGUUCUACAUGGAGGAGAAAACACGGUUUCCCACGAAUACAUUUACAAAAUCUUCUGAUAUUCUCCAUUCACUUCGACAACUGGGGCUUAGAAAUGAGGUGCAGCUCAGUGAAAAAGACGCCCUCAAAGUGGCAAAAAUUAUAGAGGACUUGCAAAGCAGCGGGGAGCCUGAAUGGGACCUAAUAAUCAAAAAGGCAAAAACACUCCUGCAAAUUCUUAAUAAACAAACCAAAUUGAUAAAAUCAGCAGACAUCCAAGCAGCACUGCUUCAACUGAAAUGGGUACCUGUCUGUAAAGAAAGACCUUUAACUUACCCAAAAUCCCUUGCUUGGGUUGGAGAUACUCUCAAUAUCGGCUCUUUGUCUGAGAUGUGUGAGUUAUCUCAUGCAGUACUUGUGGGAUCUUCAGUAGCACUGGUUGAACAGACCUCUGCAGGUUUCAAGAAGGCUUUGAAAUUUACAAUAGAGCCACAUGUGGAUCAAGUAUUACAGCACUUGAAAGCUGUAAAUGACUGGCAUAAAUCUCAAGCAUUCACCACAGAGGAUUGGUACCAUUUUCAGCAGAUUCUGUUUGAGAUUUAUGGAUUUAUGCAAGCUCAUCUUGAGGAUGCGAGGGAAGCCAUGAAAUCCUUGCCGUUUGAUUGGGUGUGGACUGGAAAGACGUUCUCAUCACCAGGCCAAACUGUCUUAAAAUCCCUUCCUGAUCUAGACCUGCAGCCUUACCUCUACUCGCUGCCAAAAACGAUGAGAAAAUUUCACAAGCUUUUCAAGUUUUGCGGUUCAGUUGAAGAGGUUGUCCCAAACCAUGUGUUUGGUGUCAUUGCCACAAUUCAAAAAAGAAGUGAAGAAGAGAUAAGCAAGGGUGAAAGUAAACACAAUAUUUUGCUCUUGAUCAACAUCCUCAGAUGGCUGUACAACAAUCAGAUCCCAAUGGACACUAAUAUGCAAGUGCCUAUUCUUUGUUACAAGAACUCAAGCAAAUUAGCCAUGAAACCCAUUCACGAAUGCACCUAUUGUGACAUUAAGGUCGACGAUUUAAAUGACUUACUCGAAGAUGCCUCCGAACCUAUUAUAUUGGUCCAUGAUGACAUCCCGAUGAAAACAGCUGAGUGGUUGAAGGUGCCAUGCUUGAGCACAAGGUUGAUCAACCCAGAGAAUCUUGGCUUUGAACAAUCAGGCCAACAAGAACCUCUAACAGUUAGAAUAAAAAAUAUCUUGGAGGAAUAUCCAUCUGUAGCAGAUAUUUUUAAGGAGCUCCUCCAAAAUGCUGAUGAUGCCAGUGCAACAGAGUGCAGUUUUCUCAUCGACAUGAGAAAAAACAAUGACAUUCGUGAAAAUCUCCUUGACCCUGGCAUGAUCGUUUGCCACGGGCCCUCUCUGUGGUCUUUCAACAAUGCUGUAUUCACGGACACAGACUUUCUGAACAUCACACGGCUCGGUGGAUCAGUGAAGAGAUGUGAAGCAGACAAAGUUGGCAAGUUUGGCUUGGGUUUUAACUCAGUUUAUCAUGUCACUGAUAUCCCCAUCAUAAUGAGCAGGGAGUUCAUGAUCAUGUUCGAUCCAAAUAUCAAUCACAUCAGCAAACACAUCCGAGACAGGUCCAAUCCAGGCAUCAAAAUCAAUUGGAGCAAACAGCAAAAGAGGCUGAGAAAAUUUCCCAAUCAGUUCAAACCUUUCAUCAACGUUUUCAACUGUCAGCUGCCUUUAGCUCAAGACUCACCAUACAAAUACAAUGGUACUCUUUUCAGACUUCCAUUCAGAACAGAGCAGGAGGCCUCAACCAGUGAAAUCAGCAGUCUCUACUACAACACCACAGAUAUCUAUUCCCUGGUUGAUGAAUUCAGCAUAUGUGGCCAUAGGUUCAUUCUCUUCACUCAGCAUGUUGGAUGUAUGGUCUUGAAAUACCUGAAAUUUGAGGAACCAAACCCGGCAGCAGCACAAGAUGUAGUGGCCAUCAACAAAAGCGUGUGGUCAAGCAAAACCUCAUAUGGACCCUUGAGCAUCCUAAAAUCUGCAGCCAAGGUUAUGAAGAAAGUAGCAAGCACCAACAGGGUUCCUGCUGAUGUUCCUAAAUCUGGCUGCAUCAUUCGUGUUGUGGUGGAGGAGUUUCACAAUGUGUUCAAACGCAUUGUGGACCUCCACUCUCCACUGUUCCGAGGUCCAGAGGAAGAUCCCAACCAGUACUUUGAGAUGGCAGCUAAAGGUGUUCAGUCACGGAGACUGACAGACGAAAUGCCCCAAAAGGCAGUCGAGAUCACCAACUGGCUCAUCUGUUCAUGCAUGGAUGUGAGUGAAGCCCUCAAGUUUUCCCUCAGUGAUAGUGGAAAAAGACUUGGACUUGUGCCUUGUGGAGGAGUUGCUGUUCUUCUCUCAGAGGAAGAGAAUCGCAAAUGGACUGUGAAGACAAAUGCAACACCCAUCGGAGAGGUGUUUUGUUACUUACCUCUCAGAAUCAAAACAGGCCUUCCAGUUCACAUUAAUGGCUGCUUUGCUGUCACUUCCAACCGCAAAGAGAUCUGGAAGACAGACACCAAAGGACAGUGGAACUCUGUGUUCAUGAGGCACGUCAUCGUCCAGGCCUACUUAGCAGCACUCUCAAUGAUGCGUUCACUGGCUGAAAGUGGAGAACUGCUUGAGUACAGCUACUAUGCAGCAUGGCCAGAUCCAAGUCAGGUACAUGAUGACUUUAUACUGAUCAGCCAGGGCAUUUACCAAGAAAUAGCCAAAGGUGGUGACAGUGAUCAGGCCAAGGUUUUUUCAGAUGGAAAAACAUGGGUGUCAGUCAAAGAUGUCAGAUUCCUUGAUGACACCUUACUCUGUAGGCCGGAUAUUGGUCCUGCUGCUUUCAAGAUAUUCCUAAAAUACCUCAAGAAGAGUGGCUCACAAAACCUCUGUGCUGUUGAGCUUCCUGACUGGGUAAAGGAAGGAUUUGAUGAUGCUGGAUGCAGAGGGAAGUUAGUGGAAAACACUUUGACAGAGAAGCAGUUCUUUUCAGAAGUAUUUUUUCCUCACAUUCAGGAAAUUGACAAAGAGCUCCGGGAUCCCCUGAUGCACUAUGUUCUUAAUGAGAAACUGGAAGAUUUUGAAUCAAUUCUUAGAGUCACUCCUUGUAUACCUUGCUCUGGCCCCAAAAUGAAACUAGUUUUACCCUCAAAACUUAUCCAUCCGGAGGGAAGAGUUGCCAAGCUCUACAGUGGUGAUGACGGAAGAUUUCCUGAAGGAACUUCAAAAGACUAUAUAAAUCCAGUCUGUUUAGUUAAACUAGUGCAGCUGGGCAUGGUUAAAGAUGAUCUGUGCUGGGAGGACCUCACUGAGCGUGCUCAUUCUGUCAUUGAUCUCAAUGAAAACGAUCACGUAGCUGCAUGCUUUCGUAGCAGCAUACUACUAAGUCUCAUCGACGAGAAACUGAGGAUGAGAGAUCCAGGAGCAGCUAAGCACUUAGAGAAUCUACAAGACAUCACGUUCCUUCCGUUUCUGACAAGACCUGCGGGCUUCUCUUUACCAUGGCAUGGGAACAGUUUCUCCCCAACCACAAUCUUCUCUCCUAGAGAGCUCUACACAACUGAACAUCAGGACACAGUGUGCCUGAUGAAGCCAAUUCUAAAUGAGAAUUCACCAUCCUUUAAAGGUUGUGGUGCAAUGUCAUUGGCUGUGAAAGAUGGUCUUGGCCUAAUAAGGAAGCCCCCAGUUGAGCUGGUCAUCAGUCAAUUAAAGGAACUUUCUCAGUCUUUUGAUGGUGUCACUUUGUAUCAGGAAAAUAUAACAAAUGCCUGUUACAAGUAUCUUCAUGAGGAAAUGCUACAGGAUGAAAAUGUAAAAUGUCAAAUAAGUGAAGAACUGAAAGCGUUUAACUCCAUUUUGGUGGAGAACACAUAUGUCAGUCCUUCCAAAGUUGCAUUCCACUUGAAUUUUGAUGCAGCUCCCCAUCUUUAUCAGCUUCCAAACAAAUACAGAAAUAGCUGUCGAGAGCUCUUUGAAAACGUUGGUGUGCAGCCCAGCUUCGCCGUUGAAGAUUUCUCUGCCGUUCUUGAAACAGUGAGGCAAGAGUGUGGACGAAGGACACUAACAGAGGAAAACUUCCAGUUGUGCCGCAGAAUCAUUAGUGAAGGAAUCUGGAGCUUAAUUCGAGAUAAAAACCAGGAGUUUUGCCAAGCACAUUAUGGUGGGAUUCUGUUACCGGACUGCAAUCUAACACUGCAACCAUCAAAAUCACUAUGUUACAAUGAUUGCCCUUGGAUCAAAGUAAGAGAUUCUUCUGUGAAAUACUGUCAUGCUGACAUUCCAAGAGAAGUUGCUGUAAAGCUUGGAGCAAUCCCAAAACGUCACAAAGCACUGGAGAGAUAUGCCUCAAACAUCUGCUUCAGUCCGCUGGGCAGUGAGUUUGGACAGAAAGAAAAACUCACAAGCAGGAUUAAAAGCAUUCUAAAUGCCUAUCCAUCAGUUAAAGAAAUGCUAAAAGAGCUGCUUCAAAAUGCAGAUGAUGCCAAAGCCACAGAAAUCUACUUUGUAUUUGAUCCGAGGACACACCCCACAGACAGAAUAUUUGAUGAUAAAUGGAUCCCAAUGCAAGGCCCUGCCCUCUGUGUAUACAACAAUCAACCAUUUACAGAGGAUGAUGUCCGAGGUAUUCAGAACCUCGGAAGAGGAACAAAAGAGGCCAAUCCAGGCAAAACUGGUCAAUAUGGCAUCGGAUUCAACUCUGUAUACCAUAUAACUGACUGCCCGUCGUUUAUCUCAAACAAUGACAUUCUCUGCAUCUUUGAUCCACAUGCACAGUAUGCACCAGGGGCUACAUCUGUAAGUCCUGGAAGGAUGUUCAGAGACUUGGAUUCUGACUUCAGAUCCCAGUUUUCGGAUGUUCUGAAUCUGUACUUGGGAGCUCAUUUCAAGUUAGAAAGGAGCACAAUGUUCAGAUUCCCUAUCAGAUCCACAGAGAUGGCAAGGACAUCAGAGAUCAGUUCUGUUCCUGCAUCCGACAGAAUGGUGCAAAACCUCCUUGACAAGCUGAAAACAGACGGUGCAGAGCUUCUUAUGUUUCUCAACCACAUGGAGAAAAUAUCAGUUUGUGAAAUAGAUCAUGCAUCUGGUGAACUAAAAGUGCUCUAUUCUGUCACAGCCAAAAUAACAGAUGGUGAUCGACUGAAACGCAAACAAUUUCAUGCCUCUGUCAUUGACAGUGUGACCAAAAAGAAGCAGCUUGCUUCUAUUCCAGUGCAACAGAUAACCUACUCAAUGGACAUAGAGGACACUGAUGGAAAUAUGACCUCAUGGAUGAUUUGCAACAGAUCUGGCUUCCCGGACAUUGAAAAUGUCUCCAAAAGUGUGGUUUCGGCACACAAAAAUGAAGAUAUAACUCUGUUUCCACGUGGAGGUGUGGCAGCAUGUGUAAGCCACAACUACAAAAAACCACACAGAGCCUUCUGCUUCUUGCCCCUUUCACUGGAGACUGGCUUGCCUUUUCAUGUCAAUGGACAUUUUGCCCUAGACUCAGCUAGAAGAAACCUAUGGAGAGAUGACAAUGGAGUAGGGGUAAGGAGUGACUGGAAUAACAAUUUGAUGACAUCUCUUAUAGCCCCUGCAUAUGUUGAACUGCUGAUACAGCUGAAGCGUCGAUACUUUCCAGGUCCUGAUCCAACCAUGACUAUCGUACAAGGAACACCUCUACAUGUUGUUAAAGACACACUGCGGAAAUUCCUUUUUUUCUUCCCAGCUAACAGGCUUGACAUUCAGGCAGACUGGUAUUGCUUGGUUAAAGCAGUAUACAACAACAUCCAUGCUGAUCUAAAGCGCUUGCUUCCUGUCGUCAGAGCAGCCCACAUGGACAACUCCGAAAUGCACUCUGUAAUUUACAUUUCAUGGGUGAAUACAUCCAUUGCAAACAAAGGCAGAGCCUUCUUUGACAACUUGCUUCAGGAUGAGCUUCAACACUUGAAAACCACAGAGUACAACAUAACAUCAAGGAAGUCUGUGGCUGAAAAUAUCUACAGGCUGAAAACCUUGCUUCUUGACAUCGGUUUCAACUUGGUUCACAGCUGCGAUGAAACGACAAACCUCUACCUCUGUCUGGAAGAUGCAGGGAUUCCAGUCACUUAUGUUACACCAAGUGAUGUUCGCCACUUUUUGCACACUUUCUCGUCACCUGACACAUCUUGCCAUGUUGGAAAACUCCCCUGUCGCCUCCCACAGUCUACCUUCAAGUUGGUUCAUAACCUGAAGCUCCUAGUUGACUACUGUUUCAAAGAGAUAGAAGUGGAUGAGGUCAAAAUUGAUGGCCUGCCUUUGUUGAUAACAAUGGACAAUAUGCUUCAAGUGUUUGACUCUAAGAGAUCAAAGUUUCUGACAAGUCACCAUGAACUCAUAUCGUCUAGGAAAGAUAUGUUUAUGAAUACAUUGUACAUGAGGUACAGCAACAUUCUAUUGAAAGCAGGAGUUUCAAAACCCUUUGACAUCAGCAGCUUUAGUGACCUGCUGGGGUCUGUUCUACCAAGAGAGUAUCGAACAAAGAUCCCUGUAAAAUGGAAAGAUACCUUUCCAAGUGAAUCCUGGCUAAAGAAUGUGUGGAGCUUCAUCAGUGAGAAUGUUGCUGUUAAGGAAGAUCAGACGGACAUCAAACCCAGCUUUGAAACAGUGCUUGACAUCCUGAAAGACUGGGCUUUACUACCCGGAAUCAAAUUCAUGGCUAGAGAGAGGCUUGUCGUCCCAGAUCAUGAUGCACUCCUACCUUUAAGCCUGAUAAACAUUGCCAUAUUUCCACAGGGCCAAAAUGACAAAGUAUUUCACACCCUGAUGAAAGCAGGAUGCAUCCAGCUUGCAGUGAACAAAAUCUGCGUCAAAGAGAAUCAAAUCUUGCCUUUUCUAGUACAACACACAGCCAACAUUGAAAAUCCAUCAAGCAUUCUGAAAGCUCUGGAGUACAUGAUUCAGACAUCUGCAUUCAAAACAGCAAACCUGACUGACAAGGACUUUGAGGCUCUUCUGUUGUAUUUUAACUGCAACUUACCUAACCUUUCUCAACAAGACGCACAUACCCUGAAACUGCUCCCAUGUUUUAAGUCAGUUAAUGGGAAAUUCAUCAGUAUUGCAAACUAUGGCACAAACUAUGUCCUUGAAAAAAACAUACCAAGUACAGAUAUUGACAAAUGGGCUCAGACACCUUCAUUUGCAAUUCUUGCGGACAGUCCACAGCUUAAGGAGCUGUAUGUCUUUCUUGGCUGCAUGUCAAUCGAUGACCUUGAAAUCUACCUUCAUCAUCUCCUGCCAAAGUUUGACAGCCUCUCCUAUGAAGCCAAAGUCGAACACAUAGUCUAUUUGAAGGAGAGACUUAUGUCAAUGGAAGAAGCUUGCAAAACAAAGGAUCAGCUGUAUGAGAAAUUAGAGGGGCUGUUGUUCAUUCACGACUACUCAAACAGACUCAGAUCAGCCAAAUUUUUCUAUGAUCAGACCGUGAAGGUGUUUGAAGUUAUGUUACCUGCAAAAUCUUUCAUACCAAGUGACUUUUUUAAGAAGGUAGAGCAAGUGACAAAACCUAAGAAUGGUGCACUGUCGCUGACUUCAUGGAUAACCUUUCUGAGAAAUAUUGGUCUGAAGCAGGAGGUCUCACAGCAACAAGUUCUCCAGUUUGCAAAAGAAGUCAGCAUCAAAGCCCAAACUGAAAGUUGGACCAAAGAAAAAGUUCAAACAGUUGUUGAUGUACAUUUGAACCAUAUCUUUAAUGAAAGGACAGACCUCUUUCAGGGUACCUUUCUAAAGGAGCUGUCAAUGAUACCCUUUUUGUGCCCUGAAAGAGCUCCCAAAGAACUCAUCAAACUUCAUACUCAGUAUCAAGAGAUGAGUGGCACACUUCCUCUGAUUCGUUUCAGUGGAUCUCAAGUAAACCCAAAGUUCAAACAAACAGAUAUUAUACACUUGCUGUGGACAUCCUGUCCAAUACUACCUGAGAAAGCAACUCCUUCAAGCAUAAAGGAACAAGAUGAGAGUGCUCUCAGUGGGCAGGAACAGCUUGACCAAGUGCUGAACAUGUUGGGUGUCAACUUGGACCCACCUCUGGAGAAAGUGAUAAGCAACUGCAAGAACAUCUGCAACAUAUCCAACCCAGAUGAUGAAAUGGUAAAAACGAGGAACAAAGUUUUGAGGUCCACAUAUGAAUUCCUCAGUGCAGACAAACGAGAUUUCCGUUACCUGCUCCGUGGGGUGGCAUUCAUCAUGGUUGAAGAUGGCUGGAAAUUACUGAAACCUGAGGAAGUGGUUAUAAAUUUAGACAAUGAAUCUGACUUCAAGCCCUACUUGUAUAAAUUACCUUUGGAACUUGGCACCUUUCAUCAACUGUUCAAGCUUCUCGGCACAGAGGAUGUUGUGUCAACUAAACAAUACGUUGAGGUGCUGUGGAGAAUUUACAGGAGUUCAGAGGGAAAGCAGCUUGACCCAAAUGAAAUGAGAACUGUGAAAAGGGUGGUCUCAGGAUUGUUAAAGUCCCUUCACAAUGAUCCUGUGGAAAUUCGCAAAGAUCUUGACAGUCUCAGAGAUUUGAUAUUUUACCUUCCAAGCCAUGAUGGGAGACUUGCAAAAUCCAAUACUCUAGUGUUUGAUGAUGCCCCGCACUACAAAAGCAGAAUUCAGGGUAAUGUUGGGGUUCAGAUGCUUGUGGACAUGAGUCAGUGUUAUCUGGGGAAAGACCAUGCUUUCCAUACAAAGCUUAUCAUGCUACUGCCACAGAAACUAAGACCUAGACUAUUAAGCAGCAUUCUAGAGGAACAGCUCGAUGAGGAUUCUCCGAAUAUUUGUCAGUUUGGAGCUCUUUGCUCGCUGCAAGGGCGACUUCAACUGUUGCUAUCCUCAGAGCAGUUCAUCACUGGUUUGAUCCGGAUAAUGAAACAUGAGAACGACAAUGCAUACCUUGUGAAUGAAGAAAAAGCAAUACGUCUGUGCAAAGCACUUUGUGAGGGACUGAAAGUGUCCUGUUUUGAAAAACUGCAGACUACUUUAAGAGUGAAAGGAUGCAGUCCCAUCCCACACAGUCGCAGUGAAACACUUGCUUUCUUGAAGAGGUAUGGGAUAUCUGUUAUUCACCUCUACAUUCAGCAUUCAGACAGUAAAGACAUAAACUUUCUUCUGGCACUAGCAAUGACACUGAAGUCUGCUACAGACAAUUUGAUCUCUGACACAUCCUAUCUGAUUGCCAUGCUGGGCUGCAAUGACAUCUACAGAAUCACAGAGAAACUGGACAAUCUCGGUGUCAAGUAUGACUCAACAGAGCCCUCAAAACUUGAGCUACCCCUUCCUGGAACCCCAAUACCUGCUGAGAUACACCACACACUGCUCAUGGAUCCAAUGAAUGUAUUCUAUCCAGGAGAAUAUGUAGGCUACCUUGUUGACUCAGAGGGUGGAGAUAUAUAUGGGACAUAUCAGCCCACCUAUACAUAUGCCAUAAUCGUUCAAGAAGUAGAAAGAGAGGAGGAAGAAAGCACAGGUUUCCUUGGAAAAUGCUUCCAGAUUGAUAUUGGUUACAGUGAGUACAAAAUAGUCAGUUCCCUUGACUUGUACAAGUUUUCAAGACAAGACGAAAGCACCCAUAUCCGAGAUACUAAUGCCCCACAAACCCCUACAAGCCCAGAGAGUCGAUCAUCUGGCCUACGAAUGAUGCCUCCUCUCUUUCCUGGGAAAGAAAACCUCAGACCGUCUCCUCAGAAACAGUCUCCCAAAAAGAUAAAGCUUCACGCAUUACCUGAGAUUCUGAAAGAGGUGACCUUAGUCGUUGGACAAGCCUGGAAGCUUCCGGAGACAGAGAGAAAAAAGAUAAUACGUCGAUUGUAUCUCAAGUGGCAUCCUGACAAAAAUGCUGAGAAUCUGGACAUUGCCACAGAAGUGUUCAAGCACCUGCAAAAUGAGAUCAGUCGGAUGGAGAAACAGUCUGUGGCUGACCACCGAAAUGCAGAUAGAACUUCCAGGAGAACAUUCUCCACAUCAUCAACCCGUUUCCAAUCAGAGAAGUUCUCAUUUCAAAGGUUUUAUUCGUCAUGGAACCAGGAAGCAACCAGUCACAAGUCAGAAAGACAACAGUUCAGAGAACAUUACACUAACUAUGCAGGGUCCUCACAGUCCCACCGUUUCUUUGUACCUCCAACCUUCAAGACAGUUGGAAAUCCUGUGGAGGCCCGCAGGUGGCUGAGGCAGGCCAGAGCAAACUACUCCGCUGCUCGCAACGAUCUACAUAAAAAUGCUAAUGAGUGGGUUUGUUUCAAAUGCUACUUAGCCACAAAGCUUGCCCUGAUAGCGGCUGACUACGCAGUCAGAGGCAAGUCUGACAAAGAUGUUAAGCCAACUGCUCUCGCUCAGAAAGUGGAGGAGUACAGCUCCCAGUUGAAAGGCCUUGCUAGCGAUGUUCAGAUCUUGGAAGGGUAUGGGGUGGACAGCCUGAGAACCCGCUACCCCGAUCUCCUGCCUUUCCCACAGAUCCCCAAUGACAGAUACACGUCUGAGGUGGCAAUGAGGGUGAUGGAAUGUACCGCAAGGAUUAUCAUAAAGCUUGAAACAUUUGUGCAGCACAAAAUAUAAAACUAUUGCUCUAGAGUUUGCAUUUAUUUUCAGUGGAAUCAAAAACUCAUAUGGCUGCAUGCAAAACAGAUCACAAAGAAUCCACUGGCAGCUUCUGCUACAUAUGCAGUUUCAAUUUGUGAAAGUGGGACAGUGGCCCAUGCACAGAAAAUAAAUACAUUGCUCCCAUAACCUGUUGGCCCAUACAUGUGCAUAGGUUGUACAUAGCUAUGCUCAGCAAUAUGUUUUGUUUACCAAAGUCCCCUCCCUGACUAUAUUUGGUCUGUGUUAGAUUUAAAAAUAUGCAGCUUUUUUACUUUAUCUUUUAUAUAAACAAAAUAAUAUAUUUUCAUGCUACAGAAAACAAAUUGAGUGUACUUAAAGGAAGCGCUUAUCAGAAAGUAUAUAUACUCUGUUAAAUAUAUUGACUGCUCUCAUACAGCGUGUCCUUCUUUCAAAAGAUCAACAAGUCCAGAAAAUACAAUCAUGUUUGUAAAUGUUCAGUUUUUGUACUUUCCAGGUUGUUUUCAUAUAAUUUCUGUAAAAGCUGUACAUUAGGCAUGUAACAUAGCCAGUCACUUGUUUAUGGACUAAGCACUUUUUUGAAGCUCACCUGCAUUUUCACUCAUGUAGCGUAGGUGCUCUGGGCAACUCGGGAGAAUCUAACUGUGAAAAGAAACAUUUAUAUUAAUUGAAACAGUAACCAUAGUUUUUUUUUUUAACCAGUGAUAUAUUUUGCAUCAUCUGGACUUCAUGUACUUCUUUUCAAAGCUCAGAGCAAACAUCUGAACACUUUAAUGCUGUGUGAAAGAGCCAUAUAAAUUUGGUGUUAUGAUGUGGGCCCAAAUGCAACAUGUAACAUCAACUAGUUCACAACAUUGUCCAUAUAUUUUUGUGAUGAGAAUUGUUCUGGUUUAAAUGACAUUACAGCACCAGUUUGCUGUGCUUGUGUGUAUUUAAAGCUUUACCAAUCUGAUUUGAUUUUGAUUUUACAAAUAUGAUCAUACUGACCACAUACUUUGUAAGUCUUUGCAAUGAAAUAAGACCUAAAAUGUG